AUGGAUACGGUUGCUAUUCAAGCAGUACCACAAUUGAUCGAUAUGGCUUCAUGUUGCUCAUUUCCUAUUAUACUUCAAGAGGCAUCCUCACAUCAUCCCGCUUCUGGUACGGAAAAUAUAGAGAUGAAUGGUGUCGAUGUUAUAGUGCAAGGAACCUUCCGAAGUGGAAAAUCGGGAUCGAAACAAGAACUAAUACGAUCAAAUGAUAAUGGGAAGAGGUUGUCACCAUCAACUGAUCGUAGGCUGACUUCCGAAUCAAGUCGAUCACCCAAAGAAGAGUAG